AUGGAUAUUAAAAUAAUGACAAAUAUUCGAAUUAUUCAAAUUUGCUAUUGGUGGUUACUUAUACUUACUCAAAGUAUUUACUCAAUUUCUCCACAAGCUCAAUUUAUAUCUCUUUGCGGUCAAACGUACAAUCUAUCCUCAUCAUCAUUAUCAAUUAUAUAUACACGUUCAUCAUAUAUAUCGUGCUGUAAUAUAACAGUAACUAAAUCAGCAUUGUCAGAUUCAUCGCAACGUAUAAUAAUAAAUAUUUUAAAUAUGUCAAUGACUAAUUCUCCAUUAAAAAUUUCUAAUAAAGAAAAUGAUAUGAUAAAAUUUGAUAAUUAUGUAUCAUCAAAUCGAACGUAUUUUAAAUCUGAUAUUGUAAAUUUACCUAUUACUUUCAGUUUAUGUCAAUAUAAUAUACAACCAUUCGAAAUCUUAAUAACAAAUAUAACACAAGGUCCAUGUAAACCAAAUCAAUAUGAUUGUUCAACAACAACAGAUGAACAACAAUGGUGUAUUGAUGAAAUUUAUCAUUGUGAUGGUUAUCAUUCAUGUCCACAAGGAAUGGAUGAAGAUAAAUGUUCAAAAUCAAGUACAAAAUCAACUUCUUCAAAAAAUGAACGAACUAUUCGUGGAGGAGUAGUAACUUCAAUAAUUAUAUUUGGUUUAUUACUUAUUAUUGCCUCAGUUGGUAUUGGACUUACGUUUAUUUAUGUUCGACGAAAACGUCAAAGAAAUAGACAAUUUACUUAUUCACUUGAAUCAACAAGUGAUGAUUGGGAACCGACAAGUACAGGUUAUCGUUUAUUUGAUAAUUGGACUAAUAAUCGUCGUCAUACUGAAAAUAAUAAUGAUAAUGUUCUUCUUGAUGCCAAUGAACAUAUGCCUAUUGCAACAAAUAUGACAAAUCGGUGA